AUGACUCUAAUCACUUGCUCUCUAGACCCUGAAAGGACUGGCGUUUAUUCUGACAACUUUAUAUCUGCAAGCCGGCGCAGACAGAGCAGCAGAACGUGCACACAGCAGACGAGCAACAGAACGUGCACACAGCAGACAGAGCAACAGAAACUUUGCACACAGCAGACAGAGCAACAGAAACGUGCACACAAGCAGGACAGAGCAACAGAACGUGCACACAGCAGACAGAGCAACAGCAACGUGCACACAGCAGACAGAGCAGCAGAAACGUGCACACAGCAGACAGAGCAACAGCAACGUGCACACAGCAGACAGAGCAGCAGAAACGUGCACACAGCAGACAGAGCAGCAGAAACGUGCAACAGCAGACAGAGCACAGAAACGUGCACACAGCAGACAGAGCAGCAGAAAACGUGCACACAGCAGACAGAGCAACAGCAACGUGCACACAGCAGACAGAGCAGCAGAAACGUGCACACAGCAGACAGAGCAACAGAAACGUGCACACAGCAGACAGAGCAACAGAAACGUGCACACAGCAGACAGAGCAACAGCAACGUGCACACAGCAGACAGAGCAGCAGAAACGUGCACACAGCAGACAGAGCAGCAGAAACGUGCACACAGCAGACAGAGCAGCAGAAACGUGCACACAGCAGACAGAGCAGCAGAAACGUGCACACAGCAGACAGAGCAACAGCAACGUGCACACAGCAGACAGAGCAGCAGAAACGUGCAUACAGCAGACAGAGCAGCAGAAACGUGCAUACAGCAGACAGAGCAGCAGAAACGUGCACACAGCAGACAGAGCAGCAGAAACGUGCACACAGCAGACAGAGCAGCAGAAACGUGCACACAGCAGACAGAGCAGCAGAAACGUGCACACAGCAGACAGAGCAACAGCAACGUGCACAUAGCAGACAGAGCAACAGCAACGUGCACACAGCAGACAGAGCAACAGCAACGUGCACACAGCAGACAGAGCAACAGCAACGUGCACAUAGCAGACAGAGCAACAGCAACGUGCACACAGCAGACAGAGCAACAGCAACGUGCACACAGCAGACAGAGCAACAGCAACGUGCACACAGCAGACAGAGCAGCAGAAACGUGCACACAGCAGACAGAGCAACAGCAACGUGCACACAGCAGACAGAGCAACAGCAACGUGCACACAGCAGACAGAGCAACAGCAACGUGCACACAGCAGACAGAGCAGCAGAAACGUGCACACAGCAGUUGGGUCAGCAGACAUGCACAUGUACCUAAAAGUUACACAGCUCUCAUCGAGAAGCCAUGUCACGCGCCCGCUAUUCCUAACAACCAAACAACUCGUUACGUCAUGGCUCAGGCCGGCUCAUAG